AUGGAUCUGGACGAUCGCGAGACUCCAAGCCCCGUGACGCCGGCGCCUUCCUCCGCGGCAGUGAAGGACACUCCCGCGCCCGUGACCCCAGCGCCGACUAUUGCCGCAACCCUUACGCCCAUCGUAGCAACACCGUCACCGACAGAGCCCCAGGGCGACCUCCCCGAGACUCCGAGCCCCGAGACGCCAGCGCCUUCCUCUGCGCCAGUGAAGGACACGCCUUCGCCAGAGACUCCGUCGCCGACCACCGCCACGGCGCUUACCCCCGACCUAGCCAUGCCAUCCCCGACGACGACACCCGAACCUUCCCCGGCCCCCGUUACGGAGACCCCUGAGACCACUCCACCGACGACGACCCCUGUCGACGUGGCCACACCGUCACCGACGACGACGACCAAACCAUCCCCGCCUCCCGCAACAGAGACCCCUGAGACUACUCCACCAACAACGGCCCCUGUCGGCAGCACGCCGGCCCCAUCCGUCCCUGGGCUUGCCUUGGACGAAGAUCAGUACGACUGCUCCGUAUGCUCGGAGGUAUCGUCAGAGGAUGCCGAGGCCCUGGUCAACGACGACAAGGGUGUGAAGCAGAUCGUGUGUGACCCCGCCUGCGUGGGCGAAGCCACCGACGUCCUUCACUGCAACUACUUUGGCCUGGGACAGAUUUGCCGCGGCUGCGGAGAGUGCGAUGACGGGUGGUGCCAGCCUUGCCCGGACGCAACGCCUUGGCCAGUCGUACCCACACCCUCACCGGCACCACUCGGCUUUGAUAGUCUUUCCACUCCGAGCCCCAUCACGCCGGAGACACCCGCGCCGGUGAAGUCCACGCCGUCGCCCGAGACGCCGGAGACCGCACCGCCGACCGUUGCCGAGACGCCUGCGCCCAAAGCGAGCACCCUCUCGCCGACGGUGGUGCCCGACCCCACCUCUGACCCUUCCACUCCGAGCCCCGUCACGCCAGAGACACCCGCACCUUCCGUUAAGGCGGUGAAGCGCACGCCCUCGCCCGAUACGCCGGAGACCGCACCACCAACUGUUGCCGAGACCCCUGCGCCCAAAGCGACUACCCCCUCGCCGACGAUGGAGCCCGACCUCGGCUUUGAUCUUACCACUCCGAGCCCCGUCACGCCCGAGACACCGGCGCCUUCCGCUAAGCCUGUGAAGCAGACGCCCUCCCCCGAGACGCCGGAGACCACACCGCCGACCGUUGCCGAGACGACCGAGCCCGAAGUGCCUACUCCCUCGCCGACGAUGAUGCCGCUCGGAGCCGACGGUGCUGUCGACGACGACGAGUGCUCCGUCUGCUCGAACCUGACAGACGAGCAAGUAGCGAUUCUGGCCAGCUACGACAACGGCGGGAAGCAGGUGGUGUGCGACCCCACCUGCUUGGACGGCGUCACCGACCCUCUGCACUGCAACUACUUCGGCCUGGGACAGAUCUGCAGGGGCUGCGGCGACUGCUCUUCCUGCGAGCCUUGCCCGGGGACAACCCCCGCGCCCGAAACAACAUCCUCACCGACGAUGAUACCCGACCUCGGCUUUGAUCUUACCACUCCGAGCCCCCCCCGUCACGCCCGAGACACCGGCGCCUUCCGCUAAGCCUGUGAAGCAGACGCCCUCCC